AAGCGUGUCAUUAAUUUUCUCGUACGUAUUUAUUUAAUUUCCUUUUAGAGCUUUUCACUUUUACGCUGAACCCUUUCUCUCCCUUUCUCUCUCCUCCAUUGAAGCGCGAACUCUUAAUGCUCCAUUGAAGCAGCUUCGGAGCUUCCUCUCCUCCAUUGAAGCAGCUUCUGAGUAAAGAGGAGGAAGGAAAGGAAAAAGAAAGAAGGAAUGACUAUUGAAGGAUAUCAAACAGAUCCAUUAUUCAAUGGAUGGGUAUUAGUUGGAGUUGAGAACUUGAAGUCUAGAGCAUGAGAUUGGAAGAUCAAUUCCCUACUCUAGGUAUUAGUCAUUCCUCUAGUGUGCAAAACACUCCGGUGAAGAAGGGAAUUACAUGUUAUGCUUCUAGAGGCCUAGAACUUCGAAAAGAAUAUUUGAAACCUGGUUUAAAGAGAGCUAUUGAAGACCUUCUUUGGCAAAGAAUAGAAGCUAAGAUCCUCUUUGAAAAGAAGUAUGAUUGAGCAGCAGCUGAAAGCAUGCACAAAAAAUGUGAAAAAUCCAGAGAGCAGGAAGACUGCUUCCUCUUCCUAUAACUCUGCUUCUAGGAAGCAAAGUAGGAAGGGAGAAAAUCCUACUCGAUUCAUGCCGAAAACAGAGCAAUCUUUUGAAUUUGGGUGUUCUAGUACUUGGAUAUGUAAAAAUUCUGCGUGUAGAGCUAUUUUGUCCAUAGAUGAUGCGUUCUGUCGGAGGUGCUCUUGUUGCAUUUGUCACCAAUUUGAUGAUAAUAAAGAUCCUAGCCUUUGGUUGGUUUGCGAAACUGAGUCUGGGCAGGGUGAUUCUUGUGGAUUAUCAUGCCACAUUGAGUGUGCAUUUCAACAAGAAAAACUGGGAGUUGUGAAUCUUGGGCAAUACAUGCAUUUGGAUGGGAGUUACUGCUGUGCUUCUUGCGGCAAAGUCUCUGGGGUACUUGGAUGUUGGAAAAAGCAAUUGGCUAUAGCAAAGGAUGCUCGACGUGUCGAUGUGCUUUGUUAUAGAAUAUUUUUGAGCUACAGGCUCCUUAAUGGCACAGCUAAGUUUAAGGACCUCCAUGAUAUUGUUGCAGAAGCUAAGUCAAAGUUGGAGGCAGAAGUGGGUCCCAUGAAUGGAGACUCCGUCAAAAUGGCUAGAGGCAUAGUUAGCAGGCUUGCUGUUGCUGUGGAUGUACAAAAGCUCUGUUCACAUGCAAUCGAUAAGGCUAAUGAACGCCUUUCGAAUGUUUCCAAUAUGAGUCCAAAUUACGAAGUGGAUUCACUUCCAGCUGCAUGCAGGUUCCUUUUUGAAGAAGUUGCUUCUUCUUCACUUGUAAUAGUUUUGAUUGAUAUCCCCACACCAAUAACUGAGUCCAUCAAAGGCUACAAGCUAUGGUACUGCAAAAGCAGGCAGGGGACAUUUUCGAAGGAGCCUCAAUCCAUCUUUACAAGGGAGAAAAGAAGGAUUUCUGUAACACAUCUCGAGCCUUGCACUGAGUACACCUUCAGAAUAAUUUCCUACACGGAAGCUGGCGAUCUAGGUCACUCUGAGGCUAAGUGUUUUACCAAGAGUGUAGAGAUACUUAAUAACAAUAAGAAUCCCACCACAGGAGGCUGUAAGAAGGAAAACCCCACUGUUGAGGGGAGCUCCUCAACUGCAAAGGAGCAUUCCAACCAAAAUUUGGCUCGGUCAUCUUCUGGAUUUAAGGUGCGGGACCUUGGGAAAGUCUUGCAACUAGCUUGGGCUCAAGAACAGGGCUAUCUUGAAGGCUUCUGCAGUGCUGAUGUAGAACAAUGCUGUCAAGUGACAAGUUGUGAAUCUCCUAAAGAUCACCAGUCACCUGCACCCGUCUCUCGUGAGCUUGACCUAAAUGUUGUUUCAGUUCCUGAUUUAAAUGAAGACCUUACCCCACCUCUUGAGUCUUCAAGGGAUGAAGAUAAUGGGUGUACACUGGAGCGUGGUACUGGGCCUGACGAUGAUGCUGCUUCUCAUGAUGUUGAAAAGAAUGGGCUUGGGCUGGCUAGGUCAAAUGGUAGUGGGCCAAGUGAUGAUUCUCAGGCUUGGGCUACCAUUCGAAACGGAGAUGUGUGUGCUGUUGAUUCCUUGACAGACAAUCACCGGAAGAGGGCCUCAAGUUCAAAUGAAGAGAUCCAUGAUUGUGACAGCACUCUGAUAAAUGGGUCGCCAUUUCGGGCCUCCGGAGGGCCCGGUCCCCUGGAUGGUAAUUUUGAGUUUUGCAUAAAGACGAUGCGGUUUUUGGAGUGCCAUGGUUACAUAAAACCGGAACAUAGAUUGAAAUUAUUGACUUGGUUUAGCUUAAGAUCUACCGAACAAGACCGUCGGGUUGUUCACACCUAUAUUCAAACCAUAGUAGAUGAUCCAAAGAGCUUAGCGGGGCAGCUGUUUGACAGCUUUGGAGAUGUCAUAUUUAGCAAGAAGCCCAGGAAUAGUUAAACUAGUAAGUUUAUGCAUUCCUCCUUAAAUCUUAAUUUUAUGGACCGGAGAAUAUCUUGGAUACAUUUCAGAUGUUUAGGAUACAGUUCUUAGGAAGCAGUUUCUGAUUUUCCUCCAGAAGCGGAUUCCAUUUCAGUGGAUAAUCGAUAAUUGCAUAUUUUUAGGAGUUAUUUGUUAGAUUCUCCUUGACCUCAUUUGUAGAAAAAUUCACAUUGAGACAAUUAUUGUUGCCUUCUCUCAUUGAAGGAAGGAUGGUUUAAUGGAUGCGUUAAUUCUUGUUCAAUUUACUAAUUAAUUAGUCUGUUUUCACAAGUAUCAGAGGAUAUUUUUUUUUUUUUUUUCAUUUGCUGGGUUUUGUGAGUUUCAGUUUUAGAUUGUACCAAAACCCAUAAUCUUUCUUUCUGCUCUUUGAUAUUAAAAAUUGUUGACAAAUAUUGCUUGCAACGUAGAAUAAUCGGUCUUUUCAGCUCA